CGGGGGAUACAAAAUGGCGGCUGCGGAGAUUCAAGUCGUGAAUCCCUCUAAUUUAGCUAAAAUAGAAAGUUUUCUGAAUGACCCUAGCUACAAAGAAAUUAUUGAAAACUCCUCCACAUUCAAUACAAGACUAUGUGCCGAAAGAAGAAUGCGGAUGCCUUUUAUCGACACGCAAACCGGUGUUGCCCAAAGUCAUUCCAAUUUGUUCAUGACACGAAAACAGAGAAUGCCCGGAGCACGCGAGGGUCAGGUGUACACAUAUCCCGCACAGAGAUGGCGCAAGACCAAAAGACAAUAUAUGACCAUGUCAUCUACAAAGUGGGGAUGGAGUGCAGCAGAUUCUGCAGAAAACAUAGGAGAAGGUGAAAACAGCUGCGGAGUUCCCGAGGGGUUGGCGGGUGACGACAGCAGAGACGGCUCACAGACUGCCGCCAAGGAUGACCCUAAAGAGUGGUUCUACGACGAGCUGGCGAUGGAGGAGAUGGAGACGGGCGAGGAGCCGGACCCGGAGUCUGACGAGGACUACUACGACGACACGUACGCCAACCGCCGCAAGCGCCGCGGCGGCAGCACGCCCAGCGGGCCCGGCAGCCGCGGCGGCCGCUCGCGCCGCCCAAACGCCGACGACACGCCCGCCAAGCGCGGCCGCGCGGGUCGCGGGCGCAAGCGUGCGGGGCAGGGCACGCUGCCCUACGAGGUGCCCGGCGACGCCGAGAAGCCCUUCGGAUGCGAACUGUGCGGCGCCAAGUACAAGACGCGGCCGGGGCUGACGUACCACUUCACGCACACGCACAAGGAGCCGGCGGCCGGCAGCGACAACGACUCGCGCGACAGCCGCCCGCCCGCGUCGCCGCCGCCCGCCGCCGCGCCCGUCGCCGCGCCCGCCGCGCCCGCGCCGCCGCCGCCCGCCACCGAGUACCAGGACAGCUACGUCACCUUCCUCAACAACCCCGCGCCCUCCGGCAGCGUCGCUGCCGCUGUGGUGCGGCGACCGUCGCCACCGCCGCGUCCGGCCUCCGCCGACACCUCCUCGUCCGACUCCGCGCACGUGCCGCUCGCCGCUGCCGCCGCCGCCGCCGCCGCCGCUGCCGCCGCCGCCACCGCCGCUGCCGCUGCCGCCGCCGCCGCUGCCGCACCCGCCGCCCCUGCUGCGCCGCCUACCGCGCCGAUGACCGCUGCCGACCUCAAGGAGCCCGCUACUAAGGCGUCGCCGUCGCCGUACUGCGACUUCUGCCUGGGCGACGACCGCGAGAACAAGAAGACGGGCACGGCGGAGGAGCUGGUCAGCUGCUCGGACUGCGGCCGCUCAGGUCACCCCACGUGCCUGCAGUUCACGGCGAACAUGAUCGUGUCGGUGCGCAAGUACCGCUGGCAGUGCAUCGAGUGCAAGUGCUGCUCGCUGUGCGGCACCAGCGACAACGACGACCAGCUGCUGUUCUGCGACGACUGCGACCGCGGCUACCACAUGUACUGCCUGCAGCCGCCGCUGCCCGCGCCGCCCGAGGGCUCCUGGUCCUGCGCGCUCUGCCUCGAGGAGUUCCACUGACCGCCGCGCGCCGGUGUAGCGGCGGCGCGCGGCGGCGGCGG